UCUACCGAUUUGUGUUUCCCUGCGCGGCUGCACAUGUGAAUCGAUUUCCGUUGAUUUUAGGAAAAGUAAAGAAAAUUUUCAAAGGCAAUGGGCGCUAUAGCAAGCAGGUACCGCGUCUCCAACUCAGGGCUUACCAGCACCGACAUAGAGAACAUAGAAAAUGCUAAUAAACGUGAAAAUCCUGGGACUUUGGAUGAAUUGCACAAAAAGACCAAAGAGGUAAUGCCUGUUAAUUUUGAAGGUGGCAAGCUGAUGGUCAACAAAGGGAUAUCUAAUCAUUUUCAGAUGUCUCACACUCUCACAAUGAGCUCAAUGCAGAACGGCUACAAGCUAGGCGCAACGUACAUUGGCACGAAGCAACUAUCACCGACGGAAGCCUUCCCCGUCGUGCUGGGUGACGUGGACCCUUCAGGAAACGUCAACUUCAACCUGAUACACCAGUUCACGCCAGAAAUCAGGGUCAAGGGUGCCGCACAAGUGCAAGAAUGCAAGCUGUCAGCAACACAAGGCACUCUAGAAUACAAAGGUCCGGACUACACACUAGCUCUGGCAGUGGGCAAACCUGACUGCAGUGACAAAUCUUCAGUGUUUGUUGGACAUUACUUACAGUCAGUGACCAAGCGACUGGCGCUGGGGGCAGAGCUGGUGUACCAGUCCAGUGCGAGGAUCUCGGGCGGAGAGAUCGCGAUAGCCUCCGCUGCGGCCAGAUACACCAUGGAUGAUUCUGAAAUAUCGGCGACGGUGGGCGCGGCCAGUUUUCAUCUUUGCUACUUCAAGCAGGCCAGUGAACAACUACAGGUGGUAGCAGAAAUGGACACAUCAUUCAGAGGCAUGGAGUCGGUGGGCACCAUCGGCUACCAAGUUACUAUACCAAAGGCAGAUCUUGUAUUUAGAGGCAUGGCAGACUCCAAUUGGAACAUUGGUGCAGUCCUGGAAAAGAAGCUUCAACCUUUGCCGUUCUCCUUCGCCCUGUCAGGCAUGGCUAACCAAGCCAAUCAGCAGUUUAAGUUUGGCUGCGGACUGAUUAUCGGCUAAAGUGUAUAGUGUUGAGUGUGUGCUAGUGUUAAAAGUGUUUAGUGAUGCAAAGUGUUCGAGAAUUUGUAAUACUGGAAACUGAGAGGCAGAAAUUCCACGAUUGGUGGAGUAGGUAAUACCUCCAACUCAAUAUAUCAGACGUUAAAACAAAACGCAACAAGUAAACAUAUAUUUCUUAUUAUCCGCUACAGGUUAGCCCUUGACUGCAGUCCUGGUGUUAAGUGAUGAUGCAGUCUAGCGUUCGGUAGCGUAGCUACUAAGUUAUUUGGCCGCACAGCUUUGUCGGUAGGGUGGUAACCAGCCAAGCUUCCCACCAGAUCACAUCAGAAAUAAUUCAGUAAUUACAAAUACCAAAAUUGCCUGUCCUGGGGAUUGAACUCAGGACCUUGUCAAUGUCUACCUCUUUUACUACAGUUACAAUACUGUAAGAGGAAUUUUACUUAAUAAAUAGCUUGUAUAGCUAGUGGUCGAAAGAAGGUUAUUUGUGUCUGUAAAGGAAUGAGAAAUCUUUUAUUUUUUUUGCAUUUUCUAUGGGAAAUCAUCCUACUAAUUUUAUAAUGACAAAAAAAUUUGUCUUUUCUGAACUUCGUCACUCUGAACCAAUGUGGUUGCAAUUUAGAAUAGAGACCAGACUGGCUUGCGUGACUGUUCUAUUCUGGAGGAGUGCCAUCUAGUGAAAUAUUGGAAAACAGUAUUGUCACUAGAUACCAUACCGUACCAUACCUCUUUUGUUAACAUAUGAAUUGUAAUUAACAUUCACUCAAUCAAAUAAGUAAAUGUUGGUUUCACUCGUGCAUUAUCCCAAAAAGAUCGAGAGAUAUCUCAACUUGGUAUAAAUGAAAGCCAUUGAAAAAACUCCACUUGCCAAUCAGAAGUUUUUUUAGUAUAUUUAGUUAUGAGUAAAUUUUAUAAGUUAUUCCUCCUUAAUUUAAUUCAGUACUAAAUAUAACAGAACAGAUAUUUUUCUUAUACACAUAUUAAAGUUAUGUGUUUAGAAUCAUAUUUCAACUGAUAGACAUUCACUGCUGGACAUGGGUGUAUUGUAAGGACUCCCAAUCUUAAAAUUAAAAGGCUUUGUUUUAACAUAAUACUGAACAUUGGUUCUUUUGUAUUAUGCAUUCAGCAAAAACUAACGAUAGACUUUUUUGUUAGCAUUUUAAUAAUACUUUGGAGUAGGUGAUCAUUGAGUUAUAUUGGUAGAUAAAUACAUUUCUAUUCUAUUACAGUACUAUUGUGUGUAAACCCAUAUUGUAUUGUAUAGCAUGAAUAUUAUAUGAUAAAUGAUAUGAGCGAAUGUAGUAUUUUGUGUUUGUGACGUUCACAAAGCAUCUUCAAUAGAAAUACUGUCUUAAUUUGACACCCAAAUUGAAUUUGUUAUGAUUUUCAUGUCAAUAAACAAGUGUCAACUAUAAAAAGAUUAAUCAUAACAUAUUGAAUAUGUGCUUAAGAUCCAAAAUACUUAUAAUUUUGUUAAAUUGAUAGUUUGAUUGUACACAAAACAUGAACUAAAAAUUUAAUUUAUGUAGUACUCUCCAUCACAAUAUUGAGGCUAGUUUAUAAAGAUUACUAAUAGAUACUAUAAGGUACUUAUAAAUGUGGUGUAGUUUUGGAGUAGUUAUGCAGUGUUAUAUAUCAAAUUAUACAGUCAGUUAAUUAAUAGUCAGUUUUAAUUGUGGUUUAAUUGUAUAUGUUGUUGGUAAAACUACUUUUCUUUGUUUAUGCACUUUUUGUGGCCUGCAAUAAAAGUAUAUUCAUUAAUUCAGUUGAAGUGUGCAUAGCUAUUCUGAUGUUACACAGUUUAUUAAAAGGGGGGUUUAGGUUCCGUGACACACAUACAUAGAAUUGUAUAAUGAUUUGACAAUAGUGAGAAGUAGUGACACAUAAGAGGUCUUAAAAUGGACAUGAAACGAUCAUUUCCCCUUCCCUGGUUGUAUUAAAGAGCAACAUAUUAAGAAAGACAUCUUCGUAUUGCUUGACAAGUUUGGAUUAAGAAAUGACUUUACCUUCAUGGCAUUUUUCACUGUAAUGUGCAGAUUUUUUUGGCGGUUUUGUGUACAACCAAAUUGCCUUCUAGACAUUUUAAAUAUAUUGUCAUACAUAUUGGGUAUGGAAAAUAAGUAAUGUAUUAUUUUCAUAUAUAAAUACUUUAUGUAUUAAUUGUUUAAACUGCUUGACACACCAGUAUAGCAUUUAUGAAGAAAUUUACACUCUAUAGUAUAAGCUCUGCCGAAUGCAGAAUUAAAAAAAAAUUGCUUUCACAGUAUGGCUUUCACCUUAUGUGAAAAUGUAGUACUACUUAUAAACAUAAUAAAUUUAAUAUUGAAUAAAAUCUUAAAUGAAAAUAAACGUGGUGCAUAAUUAAUAUUUUAUUAUUUUGGUAUUAAAUUCAUUAUAAUAAUAUUAACAGAAUAUUAAUACAAGAGAAGUAAAUAUACAGAUGUGCCGAGAAGACAUGUUGGUUAUACUUCAAAGUUGCGCCAUUCUCUCACGCAAUAAUGGUUAUAUGAAUUUGAAAUGUUGCUUACAGUUAAAUGGCUAAGGAAAACAAUAGUGUGGUCAAUUUCUAAAGACAAUCAUUUGACGUCCUCUGGUAUAUGCCUUUCAAUUCAAGUUUAUGGUUUAUUUGUAUGAGUGUAGAUAAGAAUGGUGUACUGUACAUAAAGCCUGUUGUUAAACUGUUUAUUUUUAAUAGAGUUAUGUUAAUAAAUCAUAA